AUGGUGGACUUUCAAUGUCACCGUCAUCAUCGUCAACAAGUGGAUCUUCCUGAAAUUGGAUUUCAAGUUCCCCCUUUCAGUAUCCUGUGUCCACUUUAUCUGCUCAGCUAUUGGAGCAUAUGUGUGCUGGGUAAUGUGAGCCUACGGUACAUCCCAGUUUCUUUUAUGCAGACAAUUAAGUCAUUCACACCUGCAACCACAGUUGUUUUGCAAUGGCUAGUGUGGAGGAAGUAUUUUGACUGGCGUAUUUGGGCUUCUCUUAUACCCAUUGUUGGAGGGAUUCUUCUCACAUCUGUAACAGAGAUGAGCUUUAAUACGUUUGGAUUUUGUGCUGCCUUACUUGGCUGUUUGGCUACAUCUACAAAGACCAUCCUUGCAGAAUCUCUAUUGCACGGAUACAAGUUCGACAGUAUAAACACGGUUUAUUACAUGGCACCUUAUGCAACCAUGAUCUUGGUGCUUCCUGCCAUGUUACUUGAAGGCAAUGGAGUUCUGGAAUGGCUUAAUACUCAUCCAUAUCCUUGGUCGGCCCUCAUCAUUAUUUUCAGUUCUGGGGUGUUGGCUUUUUGUCUUAACUUCUCCAUUUUUUAUGUGAUCCAUUCCACCACUGCUGUAACUUUUAACGUUGCUGGGAAUCUUAAGGUUGCUGUUGCUGUCCUUGUUUCUUGGCUGAUAUUUAGGAACCCAAUCUCAUAUUUUAAUGCCGCUGGGUGUGCCGUGACUCUUGUGGGUUGUACAUUCUAUGGUUAUGUGAGGCACUUGCUCUCUCAACAGCCAUCAGUUCCAGGAACUCCUCGGACACCAAGAACCCCUCGGAGUAAGAUGGAGUUGCUUCCACUUGUAAAUGAUAAAUUAGAAAAUAAGUUCUAA